CGUGAUUAGUGGUGAUGAACCAGGUUAUGACCUAGAUUUAUUUUGUAUACCUAAUCAUUAUGCUGAGGAUUUGGAAAAGGUAUUUAUUCCUCAUGGACUAAUUAUAGACAGGACCGAAUGGCUAGCUCGAGAUGUGAUGAAGGAGAUGGGAGGCCGUCACAUCCUGGCCCUUUGUGUGCUCAAGGAGAGCUAUAAAUUCUUUGCUGACCUGCUGGAUUGCAUCAAAGCACUGAACAGAAAUAGUGAUAGAUCUAUACCUAUGACUGUAGAUUUUAUCAGACUGAAAAGCUACUGUAAUGACCAGUCAACAGGUGACAUGAAAGUAAUUGGUGGAGAUGAUCUCUCAACUUUCACUGGAAAGAAUGUCUUGACUGUUGAAGAUAUAAUUGACACUGGCAAAACAACGCAAACCUUGCUUUCCUUGGCCAAGCAGCGUAAUCCAAAGAUGGUCAAGGUUGCAAGUGUGCUGGUGAAAAGGACCCCUCAAAGUGUUGGAUAUAGACCAGACUUUGUUGGAUUUGAAAUUCCAGACAAGUUUGUUGUAGGAUAUGCCCUUGACUAUAAUAAAUACUUCAGGGAUUUGAAUCGUGUUUGUGUCAUUAGCGAAACUGGAAAAGCAACAUACAAAGCCUAAGAUAAGAGUUCAAGUUGAAUUUGGAAACAUCUGGAGUCCCGUUGAAAUCACCAGGAAAAUUAUCAGAUGUUCUAGUCCUGU